AAAAUAAUAAUAAUGUGGCUUUAAAACAAAAUAAUAUUUUAGAAUUAUUUCAAUUUUUAAAUAGUGAAAGAUUAGAAAUUAGAUCAAUGGUUGAUUUGUUAUAUGAAAGUUUUGGUGGACAAGAAAAUAUAGAAGUGUCUUAUUCAGUAAAACAAGAAAGCAGUAAUAUGGACUUUGAUCCUAUAGCAAUUGUAAAAAGUGAACUUUGA